AAGCCAAUUUCGCCACGAGCCCGCAAGCCAGCAUGAGCCUCCGGUCGGGCAUGAGCGUGCAGGACCUCAAGAUGAUGACAGCCGAGCGCGAGUACCGCAUCAUGAUGGAGCAGCUCUCGUCGUCCUCGUCGUCCUCGUCGGCGUCGUCGCCGAGCUCCAAGCGCAGCGGGUCCUUCUCGAGCGGCGUGCACGUGUCAUCGCCGCGCUCGACGCAUAGCUUUAGUCUAUCGGAAGGAAGCGGCUCGCCGAGCCCCGUGGCCAGCCCUGUGCUGGCGCCGCAGCGACCACCGUCUCCGCCGCCGAUGCAAUUGCCGCACUAUUACGCCCCUUCGUACGGCUACAAGAGCGCCGAGCAGCGCAUGCUCGUGACCUGCGGCGGCCAAGUGGUGUCGCUCAUGGAGGGCGUCCGGAACGUGCCGCAAGAGUGCUGCAUCAGCCUCUAAGAUGUCGUGUACAACUCUGUCCUGGGUGUCCUUCUGUAAUAUAGCGUGAUUCUU